GCCUAACGGCCAACUUGUAAAUACAUGUUGCCGACAUCCAUUGAAAAUCAGUGAAGGGUUAUGCCAUCAAAACAGUUGACCGUUGAAUCUAUGUAUCAUCAAAACAAUGCGCCAGUGAGUUCAACAUGGUGGAAGAAGUUAAGGUUGUUUUACGGCGAAGUGAGUCGUGUGGUUUAGGAUUUUCACUUCUUGGCACUGCUGGAUUACCACCUAUUAUUUAUGACAUCGUAGAGAAUUCUCCGGCAGCCGAAAGUGGAGAGGUGGAGGCUGGUGAUGUAAUUUUGAAAAUUAACGAAACUGACGUCAAUCGAUUCAGCACAAAAGAAGUCUUGAAAUGUUUGCGGUUAUCUGCUGACCCUGUCACAUUGAGAUUGAAAAGAGAUCCUGUGAUAAAGGCACGUGUACGUCACUAUUUGUCAUCACCCGAACACCCAGAUGAAGACUUAACAGAAUUAAUUUUAAGCGAGCAACAGAACUUAUGUAACAACAGUGUUGCCUUAGCGGCACCGACAGGUUCUAGUAAUCAGCACCCUCAACAAGAACAGUGUCAGCCUUUACUGUCUAGUUCCUCACCUUUGUCAGAUACCAGCAAUGGUCAGACAGGAGACUUCCAUUUUCAAUCACCGUCUUCUCCUCCACAGCAGACAACGAGUAAUGGAACUUGUAGUUAUGCAACAUGUUCAGAACUGGAAGCACUUCUUCCUACAGGAACACAAGAUGGUAACAGUUCUGUUGACAAUUUUGAAGAAGGUGAAAGAUUUCAGUGGGAACCACUCUUGGGUAGUGACAAAUUUUCGAGGCCGCGUCCUCCUCGGUUUGAAGCAUUCAUGAUGACAGGGGACUUAAUUCUCAACCUGUCCCGAACUCAACAGAGUUCUGGGUUGUUCCCCAAGCACCAAAAGAAAGUGGAUAGUUUAAGGUAUCAUCACCAUUAUCAUCAUCAUUACAAUCACCAUCAUCAUCAUAAUUCAGUACCAACAAGUCCCAACGAGAUGGAGAUGGGGCACAGGAAUCAUCACUAUAAAUCAGCAUCUGCACCACCAGGAGGUACAACUUCAGCAGGGACAUCUCCUGUUGGCCUCAACAAACGAGACAAUAGCGUCUGUAACCAGCCAAGUUGUACUGGAUCUUCUUCAAAUCCAGACACUAAAAGUUCAUCAUCUGUGUCUACAUCUGCAUUUCCUUAUCACCACGCAGUUGGUGGCUUUGUAAGAACGUCUCGAUCAGAAGACCAUCUCCAGUUCCAGAAAGAUUCUUCCAUGAGUGCAGUUGAUAUAGACAUUGAUGAGGACGUGACAUCUUCUCUUAAUACGCUCCUGGACACUCGACAGGAUAGUGGUGGAAGCAGCAAUAAUGUGGCGCAUCCUUUGGGGGCUGGUGCAACAGAAACUACUACUAAUAAUGACCGGAUAGUUUGGACAUACAAUGCUCCUAUAGUAUCUUCACCUUCUAACUCUGGUUCGGAUAACUCGUGCUGUGGAGGAAUUUCCUCAGUGGCAUCCAGAUCAGGGUCUUCUGCUGCUUCCAGAUCUGCUUCUUGCACAUCCUCAGAGGGUAUCAGUCCGCAGAGGUCAUUGUCUCCAGCCUCUCCAACUUCAGUUUCUUCAUCGGUGAUGUCAAGCAAUUCCAGCUCGCGGAAGAUCCCGGUGCUCAUUACGGGGGCGGCAACUGGACCUGUAGUAGACUCCGCGUCAUAUCUUCACCAACCUAACGGAGAUCUGAGCCAGUCAGAAGCAAUUUCUAACAUUUCGAGUCCAGAUUUCCAGGAAGAGGAGACCCUUGAUAUUCUUAGUUCAAGAGAUCUGAUGGAAGUUAGUGACCCUAGUGACAGUGAUUCUACAUUACUAGUUAGUGAUCGGACUCCAGCGGCAACUGUGAUGAACAAUAAUAACUCCCAGCAAUUACAUCAUCUUAAUAACAAUAAGAACCAGAAUCCAUCAUCUGUUUCAACAGAUGGUGUACAUCUUCAUAGUAAUGUGGUUGGGCAAGGUUCUGCUGAACAUAGGAUUGUUAUUCAGGUAAAGGGACCUGAUAAGGACGGUAAUGUGCUGAGGGCACCUGGUAGUCCUAGAGGGACUAGGAAAACACAUCGAGGAGGGGGUUUACCUCCGCUAGCAGGUAGAGAAUUGGAUUUGCUCUACAGUGGGCUCUCUGCUCAACAACCUUCAAGAUCACCUUCAAGUUUGAGCUCAGGAAAUGUCACGCCGGAGCUUGUCGGAUAUCAGUUGCCUUAUAAACACCAGGAGCUUCGAGAGUCGGAGGAUGAGUUGCCAACACUGAGUGAGGAUGCAGCUCUGCUCACAACUAUGCCAGGAGCAGGAAAGGCUACAUCACCUCCCUUGUCAUCAGAAGAUGAGAGUGACAUUGAAAGUCUUCACAGCUUCCACUAUAGUCCCAAGGCAGUGGACAUCCCUUCAGCUGUCCGCCUUGCCAAGAGACUGUAUAUGCUCGACGGCUUCAAAAAGUCUGAUGUAUCUAGACAUCUCAGCAAAAACAACGACUUCAGCCGCGUGGUGGCAGAAGAAUACCUCAAGUACUUUAGCUUUGAAGGUGACACCCUAGAUAUAGCAUUACGUAAAUUCCUCAAACAGUUCAGCCUCACGGGUGAAACCCAGGAAAGAGAACGAGUUCUAGUUCACUUCUCGAAACGUUUCCUAGACUGCAAUCCGGGAACUUUCAAUUCGCAAGAUGCUGUUCACACACUUACAUGCGCCAUCAUGCUGCUCAACACCGAUCUGCACGGACAGAAUAUAGGACGCAAGAUGACGUGCUCUGAAUUCAUAGAAAACUUGUCAGAGUUGAAUGAUGGGGAGAACUUUCCUCGUGAGGUGCUCAAACAUCUCUAUCAGGCCAUCAAAUCUUGUCCUCUAGAAUGGGCACUGGAUGAUGAAGGUGAUGAAUGUAAUUCAGUUCUGCAGCAGCAAUCAAAACAGUCGACGGAAAACCAGCAAAACUUGGCUGCCAGUAGUAAUCCAUUCCUUGAUGUUCCCAACGCUGCAACUGCAAUAGAAUACAAGAAGGGCUAUGUGAUGCGGAAAAGUUGUAUUGACCCCAAUGGAAAGAAAACUCCAUUUGGUAAACGAGGGUGGAAAAUGUUUUAUUGCACGUUACGUGACAUGGUGCUCUAUUUACAUAAAGAUGAACAUGGUUUUCGAAAAAGUGCGUUAAGCGACAACUUGCACAAUGCUAUUCGGAUCCAUCAUGCUCUAGCUACAAAGGCAUCGGACUAUAAUAAGAAACAACACGUCUUUCGGCUGGAGACGGCAGAUCAAGCAGAAUAUCUGUUCCAGACAAGUGACUCGAAAGAACUUCAGUCAUGGAUUGAUACCAUCAACUUUGUGUGUGCAAGCUUCUCGGCUCAACCUCUUGCUGGAGCCGUCGGUUCACAGCGAAAGUUUCAGAGACCUUUGUUGCCUUGUAGUCAUAGCAAGUUAAACUUACGAGAACAGUUGCGUGACCACGAAGAACGCGUACAGAGGUUAGAGGCAGAACUGGAAGACCACCGACGACACCCGCCUGAACGUAGCGCCAAGUCGCUCAAUAUUCAGAACUACAAGGAGAAGGAUGUCUACCUGCACUAUGAGUUAAGGCGGUACAAAACCUACGCGUAUCUGCUACGUUCUCGUAUCUCUCAGUACCCAGAGCUGGUAACGCCACUUGCGGAGACUUGCAUUGGUGAGGUGGAUGAGAGUGGUGCUGUGACAUUUAUGGAUGCGGCAGUAGCAGUGGUAGGGGGUGAAGUGGGUGGAAUUAUUCCUCCUUCAGUCCCUGACCGACGAGCCAGUCCCACCACCAAUAGGAAGAAGAGUGAAAAAUGAAAUAUGGACAUCACACCAAUAAUGGAUUCAACUUGGAUUCAAGAAGAAGUUAAAUUGAAGGAAUAUUUUGUGUACAACUUAUUUCACCAAAAUUGAAAGGCGAACAAAUUAUUAUUAGCUGAUUUUAAUUAAUCUUUUUAGCUCUUAACUUUGUUUGCUUGACAGUUUUUGACAUGCAAAAUUUGAAUUAUUUUCAGGAAGUGUUUAUGUAUAUAUAUAGAUAUGUAUUUACUAUGUUGAAUGCCAAAGAUUGUUCUGCAUUUGUAAUUGUUAAUAUUUGAAUUUUUCUUCUUGUGUUACAUUUAUUCUUUUUUAAAAUCAUGUGUUUCGAAGUUUUGCAUAAUUACACUGCAAUAAACAGCAUGUAUAUCUUAUUUAGAUGUAUUAGUUUGAUACAUGUUUAGUUUUAUUAGCUUACUUCAUGUUGCCAAGAUUGAAUACUCAUAAUUUUAUAUUUUUUAUACAUUUUUGCUAUACACAUUCAUUAAAUUUCCUUCUUUUUGUUAGAUGAUAUUUAAUUUAAUUACUUGAAUUGUUUGAAAGUGUGUACUUGAGUGUUAAUCUUUGUUUGGUCAACAAGAGAAACACAACUACAGGAAUUCAGCCUUUAAGACAGAAAAUAUUAACUUCCACCUGUUCACUGCUUGUCUUGUGUCUGCUCCAGUAUACAAGGAGUAUGAAAGAGAUUGAUUUGUCCAUUGACCACCAGAGGUAUCAAGUCAACGUAAUGUUUUCUUGAUAAACGUAAAAUCUGCAGAGUCACAAAAGUUAACAGAAAUGGUAACUGAAAGUUAUUUUAUUAUUAUUAAAUUGUAUUGGUCAUAUAAAAUGUCAUAACAAGUAAGCAGUUACUAGAAAAGGAUUAUAUUGUUGCAUUAAUUUAUUUUUAACACUUUCCAGCACUCCAAAUAAUUGCAUAAACCAUAAAUACUGUCUAAGAUUAUGAUUGCAUUUACAAUGUUCAGACAAAGUUAUUGUGUAAUUAGUCACUUUAUUGCAUGUCAUGAUGUCCAUCUACCAGCAUUACAAUUAAUUUAAAUUCUUUUGCAGUAUUUAUUUUACUUUAGGUGUGACAACAGUUUUUUGUAUUUAGUACAUUCUACAGUGUUAGGUACAGGAAAAGAUUAAAGCACAAGGGUUCUCAGUUUUAGUGAGAACAGGUUCAUUUUUUUAUAUAUUUGUGUGUGCACUGUCCCGCUAAAAUGCUGAUUCUCAUCAAGAGACAGGCAUUAUCCAAUAUUGUAACUCUCAUAUCUGUUUAGUUUAAUGCGUGACACAUCACACCAUAUUCCCUUUAUCCGUGUGGAGAAACAAAGAAAAAUCAUGCAGAAAUAAUUCAUACGAUUUUGUAGAUCAGAAUCUGCGUCAGUGUUUGUGACGUCACUGUGGCAGGUGCUCAGAUGUUUGAAGGCGCUGCUUUCGACAUCUAUCAUAACAUUAGAUAAGUAAAAUUAUUUUACUUGAAUCAUUUGCUUAGUGUGGAUGAACUCGCUGUAUGAACAGGCAGUAAGAAGGUCACAAAUAUAACAGUGAACCUCUGUGCAGUACUUUACAAAAUGAACACAACAGAACAAAUUCAGUAUUUAUGACAUUCCACCUAUGAAAAUAGACCAAGCAUUGACCAAAUUAAAUGUUUUAUCCAAAAUGCCCAAACAGAUGUUUUGACUCCUGGUAAUAAAUUUGUGCAGUAGGAAAAUGGUAUUUUACGACAGAGUGAGCAGCUUGCAUGCUAUUUAGGUUCCUCUGUUAAACUGUUAAAAUACAUUGUACAUGUUAAUAGGAAGAAUGUUUUCUUGUGCAUUGUACUUGUUAAUGGAAACACUUUGCUGGAUGCAUAAAAUUGCUUUAUAAGAAUAUUUGGCACAUACACUUAAUACUGUCAUCAUCACACAAAAUAUGUGAUAAGCUUUUUUUUCUUUUAUCCCCUGUACUAUCAGGUCUUCCAUUUACUAGUGUUUCUUAGAUCUGAUGCAUUUAUCAUUUGUUUACUUUUCAAAACUUUUCUUUUUUGAUAGAUCAUAUUGUGUUAUAAUGUUUUAUGUCUACUAAUACUCUUCCCCUUUAGUCAGACUUCUCGAAUAGGUUGCCUGCAGUUUGUGGUACAGUCUCUGAAAGUAUUUGAUCUUACUGAAUCCAAGAACUAGUGAACAUAACCUAAAUCUUAAACAGUACAACUGUGCUCUUAACAAAUUUUGAUCUUUAGAUCAUCAAGUCUUUCUUUCAUAACUCAUUUCAGUUAAAAACAAAAAGAGAAAACUACUUCUAUGACAUUUUAUGAUACGGAGUGUUUAUCUGUAUCUUACAGUUGUGACUUAUACAGAACCUUUGUAAUUCAAAUACUGUGAAAAUGACUAAAUUUAAUAAAAAUUAGAUAAAUGGUUUAUGAAUUGCCGUUCAGUGUAUCCGUCAAGUGAAUAAUCAUAAAAGUAAAUUUUUGAAAGUUGACAGAACUAACAUUAGCUCAGAGUAAAUUUACUUGUUUCUUCACUAAGGUCAAAAUAAUAUUCUUUGUAUUUUUUAAUUAAUAAAAUGUGUUUGUUCUUCCUUGAUUUAUUUCACAUUUAUUGUUAUAGGUUCUUGCAGUACUGUUGUAUGUACAUCUACUGCUUGUGUUAUGUGACUAAAGAGGUAAGGAAUGCUGUUCACAUGUCAUCUGUAGUUGGUAACAAUCUGCAUCUUCGUUGACUUCAUGAGUGACCAUUACAGUUUUAAGUUUAUUUCUUCAUGCCAGUGGCUUUGAUUCUGGUUAAUGGUUGUAGUCUGUAUAUUUUACUGAAUUAUAGUUACAGAAAGUUGUAUGAACUGGUAAUAUAAAGGCAUACAUUCUGUAUAUUGAUUAUUGUCAAUUGUUGCAAUGCCAAAAGCGUGUUAGUUGCUACCACAAUUGUAACAUGUAGAUAUUUAUAAAAAACGUUUGAUUGUGCCAACUUGAAAUCAAGAUACAAAAAUGACAAUGUCAUAUUUGAAAUUAAAUUAAUUAAAUCAGUAUAAUAACUUUUGGAAUCCUGUAUUACAAAUUUGUAGAUAAGUGCAUUAUGGUAUAGUUAUGUGUUUAUUGUAUUUCCUUUAUAUUCAUAACAUUUCUUGUGGCUACUUUAAGGGCAUAAAAUGGAAAAAUAUUCCUGUAGCCAUAAAUUAUAAAACUUACAAAGUGAUAAUUUUAUGAUAAAAUCAGCUAUUUGUUGUAUGUAUAUACAUAUAUAUAAAUAUAUAUAUAUAAAAUCUGUUGAAACUUCAUAGCUGUUUGAUCAUGAAGUGUUCUGUUGGUUCAUUAUGAUGGUUACAUAGUUAUUCCCCAUUCUUUAUUUAUUAAUAUUUUCUCAAUUAUUUAUUUUGCCUUGUGUGUAAUUGCAUUAUAAAAACUUUUAAGUAACAUUCUGCAUCUCAAAUUCUUCAGUACAAUAUUGAUUGUGGUUUUGUUGGUUGUGACACUGUGGUCUUGUAGUGACAUACUGCCUCCAUACCUUCAAUAUGGAAGGAGUAUAAUUGUCUUAAAUAUUAGUAACCGCCCACAAGGCUACACAGUGUGACAAAUCUGAAGAUCAUAGUUGUCAUCAUUACUACUGUGAGAACUUUGAAUCCUUUCAAUGCCUUGGUUUUUAACAAAUUCAAGCCAGACUACAUUUUGAUUCAUAAAUAACCAUGUAAAUAUUAAUUUAUCAGUAUGUUUCUUUGUUACUGUAAAAAACAGUAAGUCAACUUCAGAGUUGGAUUAUUUAAGAAUUUUCAAAAUUACUGUUACAAUUUUUCUUAUAUCAGCCUAUUAUGUAGGUGCUACAAUGUGCUACAAUUAUUUAUUCUUAAUAAACAGUGUUGAUAAGACUGAA